CCAAACUUUCUGAACUUCUUGAAUAUAUAUGGAUAUUAAGUAGGCUACUCUAAAGGUGCGAAUUAACCACAAAACAACACAUUCAAAACAAUGUAUGUAUAAGAAUGCAUUCCUAUACAGUACACACUUAAAACGCACUUUAAAUGGUAUGAAUGACCACAAAAACAAACAGCUAAAAAGUUAGCAUACAAAUAGUGCGACAAACAGACGCUCAAGAACAGAAGUCGCGUUCGCCUGCAUUGGUAACCAUAGCAACAGUACGUUGUUCGAGCUGUUUCCGUCACCAACUGACGUACAUCAACCAAAAAAGUCCUGCCAUUUUCGCAUUAUUAUUUAUUUACCACAAGGAAAUAUAUAAAAAAAGUGUUUUAUCAUUUUUAAAACGGUCAGCGCACUGCGCUGAUAGCCAAUUUGGCCUGCGCGAAACGAACCUCAACAGCAAAUUACUAACAGAAAUCCCUCAGAGAGGUCGACCCCCCUGAAGGUCAACGAAUAAUUGGUGGAUAAUUCGCACUCUCUUUUCUAGUAUACACUACUCUGCUAUUUCCCUCCAGCAUAUCCCUCCAUUCCCUGCAGCAGAUGCCGUGACGGUCGCCAUGAUGAUGUCGGGUUUUGCCUGCAGCAGCAGCAGCGAGCUGUGAGCGACACACACACGGCGACCGGGAGCGGAGCAGGGGAAGGCAGCGGCGGAGUCCUCCAACCGACAUGACCGAGGACGCAUAUUUGUAGCCCCUCUCUCGACAAGUGCAUAACAGUUUUCGAAAGCAAGGCUUGCUCCCUCCGCCAGCGUUCCGUAUAUACGAGGAGAGGAAUUUAAAGGAAAAACAGCUUGCUAAGGCUUUCGCAGUCCUGCCAGAGGAGGGGCAUAUGGGGCUUUGUAGCAAUGCAGAUCCCGUGCUGCUGAUGCGCUUUUGUUACUGCAUAAUGGAUAACCACAGAUAUCACUAUAUCUCAGGGGAUUGCUUUAAACUUCUUUAAUGACUUGUUUUGUGAAAAGUGUCUUUCAGAGGAGAACCGGGAAUACAUAAGCCUAGGUUAUAUACGUCAAAUCCACCGGCCAGGGCAGGGUCGAUGGCUGUAAGUUCUCUGCAUCUAAGGACUGCGACUUCAUGAUGUUGUGGAUUGAUAUGGACGCAUCGGUGCGAGCGGGACCAUGAUUAGGCUCGACAGUAUUUUUUUGAGCCAUUAAGUUUUUCAGAGCGUUCACUCAAGUGUCCGUGGGAGCCAAUACUGACCAUACUGUGAGACAUCAGCUGCAAUCGAAACCAUGUCUGGAGAGGUGCGUUUGAAGAAGCUGGAGAAGCUGAUUCUGGAUGGCCCGUCUCAGUCCCACGGCCAGUGCUUCAGCGUGGAGACCUUGUUGGAUAUUCUAGUUUGCCUGUAUGAUGAGUGCAAUAAUUCUCCCCUCAGAAGGGAGAAAAACAUCCUGGAGUUCCUGGACUGGGCCAAACCUUUCACAUCCAAGGUGAAACAGAUGCGCUUACGCAAAGAAGAUUUCGAGAUCCUGAAGGUGAUUGGACGGGGAGCGUUUGGCGAGGUUGCAGUAGUAAAGGUGAAAAAUACAGACAAAGUAUUUGCUAUGAAGAUUCUCAACAAAUGGGAAAUGCUCAAAAGGGCUGAGACGGCAUGUUUUCGGGAGGAACGGGACGUGCUGGUGAACGGGGACAGUCAGUGGAUCACAACGUUACACUAUGCUUUCCAGGACGAGAACAACUUGUACCUGGUGAUGGACUACUAUGUAGGGGGAGAUCUGUUGACUCUGCUCAGUAAAUUUGAAGAUCGUUUGCCUGAGGACAUGGCCAAGUUCUAUCUGGCCGAAAUGGUGUUGGCUAUUGACUCUGUGCAUCAGCUACAUUAUGUUCACAGGGAUAUUAAGCCAGACAAUAUCCUGAUGGACAUGAACGGUCAUAUCCGGCUGGCUGACUUUGGCUCCUGCCUCAAGCUCAUGGAAGAUGGGACAGUCCAGUCCUCUGUGGCAGUUGGGACCCCCGACUAUAUCUCUCCAGAGAUCUUGCAGGCUAUGGAGGACGGGAAGGGAAAGUACGGGCCAGAGUGUGACUGGUGGUCUCUGGGUGUGUGCAUGUAUGAGAUGCUGUAUGGAGAGACGCCCUUUUAUGCUGAAUCACUGGUGGAAACCUAUGGAAAGAUUAUGAAUCAUAAGUCAUCUCAACCUAACAAUGAGGAGCGCUUCCAGUUCCCACUUCAGGUGACAGAUGUGUCUGAGGAGGCUAAAGAUCUCAUACGGCGGCUGAUCUGCAGCAGAGAACACCGGAUAGGCCAGAAUGGGAUCGACGACUUCAAACAGCACCCCUUUUUCACAGGCAUCGACUGGGACAACAUCCGAACAUGUGAAGCCCCCUACAUCCCAGAAGUCAGCAGCCCCACUGACACCUCCAACUUUGACGUGGAUGACGAUUGCCUCAAAAACUGUGAGACAUUGCCCCCACCUUCACACACAGCGUUUUCUGGACACCACCUCCCAUUCGUAGGCUUCACCUACACAAGCAAAUGCACACUGUCAGAUCGAGGGUGUCUGCGGGAGUCCAUGGGACCGCCGCAGGUAGAUGCUGAUCUUCAGCGAAGCCUGGAAGAGAGCCUGGCUUCCGAGGCCUAUGAGAGGAGGAUUCGAAGACUAGAACAGGAGAAGACCGAACUUACCCGUAAACUACAGGAAUCCACACAAACAGUGCAGGCACUGCAGUACCCUGAUUCGGACGCCCCAGUGAGUGCCAAUAAAGAAGUAGAGAUACGGAGUUUAAAGAGUGAGAUCGACAUCCUGAAGAAACAGAUAGCAGAUUCUGGUCAACUGGAACAGCAGUUGGAAGCGGCCAGCACAGUUCGAAGAGACCUGGAAGACUCGUCUAAGGUCAUCAGGAGCUUGGAGAAACAACUGAAGGGAGUCUCGCAAGAGAGAGAUGAUCUGCACAAGGAGCUGCUGGAGUUAGCAGAGAAGGUGAAGGCUCAGGGGAAGGAGCUAAAGGAGGCUCACAGUCAAAAGAAGUUGGCCAUGGAAGAAUUCUCUGAGCUCAACGAGCAGCUGAGCGAUCUGCGCUCACAAAAGCAGCGGUUGAGUCGACAGUUCAGAGACAAGGAGGAGGAGAUGGAAGGAGUGUCGCAGAAACUAGAGGCUGUACGGCUAGAGAUCCGCAAAGCUGAGAGAAUGCGCAAAGAGUUGGAGGCCCAGGCUGAGGAGCAGGCAGCAGAAGCUCAAAAAGAGAGGAAGCUACGAGAGAGAACCGAACAGUACAGCAGACAGUUGGAGGAUGAGCUGGAAGGGAUGAAGCAGUUGAAACAGGCUGGGCCCCCUCACGCAGCAGCGAGCUCAGACCAACAGCAGGAGCUUAUGCGCAUACGAGCAGAGCUGGAGAAGAAGAACGUGCAGUACGAGGAGGAGUUGUGUCGCAGAGAAACGCUCCACAGCAGCGAGCUAAAGGGCCUAAAGAAGGAGCUCCGUGAUGCUGAGGGUCAACACCUUACACUCCAGAAAGAGAUUCUCAUGCUUAAAGACAAACUGGAAAAAACACGCAGAGAAAGCCAAACUGAGCGAGAGGAGUUUGAGACGGAGCACAAGCAGAAGCACGAGAGGGAGAGGGCCCAUUUGACAGACGAGAACAAGAAGCUCGCGAGUGAAGUGGAGAAACUGAGCUCUAUGUAUGAGCAGCUCAGCAGUAGUCACAGGCAGCUGGAGGACGAGAUGAGAGAGUUGGCUGAUAAGAAGGAGAGCGUUGCCCAUUGGGAGGCCCAGAUCACUGAGAUCAUCCAGUGGGUGAGCGAUGAGAAGGAUGCUCGUGGUUACCUCCAAGCUCUGGCCACAAAAAUGACAGAGGAGCUUGAAGGGCUCAGGAACACCAGCUUGGGAGCCAGAGGAACGGACAUGCCAUGGAAGAUGAGGCGCUUUGCUAAGCUGGACAUGUCCGCGCGUCUGGAACUGCAGUCUGCGCUGGAUGCAGAGAUCAGAGCCAAACAGUCCAUCCAGGACGAGCUUAACAAAGUCAAAGCAUCCAACAUUUCCACAGAAUGCAAAUUGCAGGAAUCCGAAAGUAGAAACCAGGAGCUGCUUGUAGAAAUUGAGAGGCUGAGGAAGGAGACAGAGGAGCUGAGAUUGAGGAGAGGUGUGAAGCAUCAGGAUUCCCAGAAUUCCUUCUUGGCAUUCCUCAAUGCACCCACUUCUGCUCUGGAUCAGUUUGACGACUCAUUUUCUUCCUCUUCAUCUUCUUUAGUUGAAUUUUGGGAAGAUCGGUCACCCUCUUUUGGUCCCGGAAGCAAAACCAGACGUCUUGACUCGGCAGAUUUCACUCCCUCCAACACACCGUCGCGAGAUGAGGACUCAAGAUCUCGCCGCAUAUCCCGCUCACGCUCCCCAUCCACAGCCAGUGACAUGGAGCCUAUUGAGUUGAUUGACCAUACGUCACGUAGUCUACAGACUCCAACAGGCAGAUCAGGCUACGGGAGCUUGGGACACCCAUCACCUAAGCCCAAGGCGCACCAGUUUAGUGUGAAGACCUUCACCGUUCCCACCAAAUGUGCCCAGUGUACCUCUCUGAUGGUGGGACUUAUCCGUCAGGGCUGCACCUGUGAAGUCUGCAACUUCUCCUGUCACGUCACCUGUGCUGAUAAAGCACCCUCUGUGUGUCCCGUCGCACCAGACCAAACCAAGGGCAAAUUGGGAAUUGACACUCAGAGGGGCAUUGGGACUGCAUACGAAGGCCAUCUUAGGAUACCAAAGCCCACAGGGGUGAAAAAGGGUUGGCAGAGGGUCUGGGCAGUGGUAUGUGACUUCAAACUUUUCCUGUAUGAGCUUGGAGAAGGGAAAGGCGCCCAGCCUGGUGUCAUAGUUAACCAGGUUAUUGACAUGAGGGAUGAAGAGUUUUCCGCCAGCUCUGUUCUAGAGUCGGAUGUCAUCCAUGCUAACAAGAAGGAUAUCCCAUGUAUUUUUAGGGUAACAGCAUCUCAACUGUCCGCCUUCUCCAGUCAGAAGACGUGCAUCCUGAUCCUAGCUGACAACGAGCAAGAGAGGACAAAGUGGGUGUGCGCUCUAAACGAACUGCACCGUAUCCUGAGAAAAAAUAAGCUGAAGGAGCGUUUCGUCUAUGUGCCUAAAGAAGCCUACGACAGCACGCUUCCUCUCAUCAAAACCACCCAGACUGCUGCUAUUAUAGACCAUGAACGGGUUGCUUUGGGGAAUGAGGAAGGCCUGUUUGUAAUCCACGUCACCAAAGACGAAAUCGUUCGCGUGGGUGAUGUUAAGAAAGUGCAUCACAUAGAACUAAUGCCCACAGAGCACUUAAUGGCCGUCAUCUCGGGCAGGAACCGACAAGUGUGUCUGGUCCCCAUGGCGGGGCUCGAUGGGAGGGAGGUUGACAAGAAUAAAGUGGCAGAUACUAAAAACUGCCAGGCACUGGUGUCUGGUGUGGUACGCAAUAGCACCUGCUUCUGCCUCGCCGUUAAACGACAGAUCUCCUGCUAUGAAAUUAACAAGAGCAAGUCACGCUACUGCCAUCUGGUGGACAUACAAGCUCCAGGAAUUGUCCAGUGGAUGGCACUGUUUGGCCAGCAGUUAUGUGUAGGCUACCAAUCAGGCUUCAUGCGCUACAGUUUGCAUGGAGAUACUCCUCCAGUCAGCUUACUUCACCCAGAUGACCCCACAUUGGCGUUUAUUAAGGCAGACAACCUGGAUGCCCUUUGCGCUGUAGAAAUCUCCAAUAAAGAAAUGCUCCUCUGCUUCAGCAAAAUCGCAGUGUAUGUGGACACACAUGGCAGACGCUCGCGGCAGCAGGAGCUGAUGUGGCCCGCGGCGCCCACCGCCUGCUGCUACAAUGCCCCCUACCUGUCAGUCUACAGUGAAAAUGCAGUGGAUGUGUUUGAUGUGAACACAAUGGAAUGGAUUCAGACCAUUCCUCUCAAAAAGGUCCGGCCAUUGAACAUGGAUGGCUCUUUGAAUCUCUUGGGCCUAGAGACGGUCAGACUCAUCUACUUCAGAAACAAGACUGCAGAGGGGGACGAACUGGUGGUGCCUGAGGUGUGUGAUAACAGCAGGAAGCAGAUGGUACGCAGCAUGAGCAACAAGAGACGAUUCUCAUUCCGUAUUCCAGAGGAGGAGAGACUGCAGCAGAGGAGAGAAUUGUUGAAAGAUCCCGAGAAAAGGAACAAGUUGAUCUCAAAUCCUAUGAAUUUUAACCAUGUGGCUCAUAUGGGUCCUGGAGAUGGAAUGCAGAUCCUCAGAGAUCUGCCAAUGAAUGUCCGUGCUCAGGACAAUCGAGCCGGAUUCAGCGGUUCCGUCAGCAUCCCCUCAAUCACCAAAAACCGAGCCGAACCUGGGCGAUCCAUGAGUGCAAGCAGUGGCCUAGGAAUGCGAUCCUCAUCUCAAAACGGCAGCGCUCUAAGGAGGGAGCUGUCGGGCGGCAGCUACAGCUCGAAACGCCAGACCAUGACGUCACCCUCUGAGAGCUCGCUGUCGUCAGGAGGAGGGAUGGACGUGGGCGAAGCGCCGCUUUCUCAGUUUGAUAGAGAGUGGCAGGCGGUAUCGCCCUCGGAGAAGACCCCUGAUCUGAAAAGGGCUUUAAGGACCCUGCUUAGUAAGAUGAAGGACUCUGAUUCGCCCCGUCACUCCACUGCCUCCAACAGCUCCACCUUCAGCAGCCCGCCAAGCCCCGCCUCCCCGCACAAGACAAAGUCCCUCUCGCUGGAGAGCACAGACCGCACAGGGUGGGACACAUGAUGGACUCAACAAUGAACCAAUCACAACAAACUCUGAGUCCGCCUGUCACAGUGCUCCGCCCCCCUCCCAUACAGUCGCACCUAGGCACUACAGGCCCCUCCCACUUAAUCUGCAUAAAGGAUCACCACUGGGGAACAUACAAAGGAGAAACCACAACCACACCAAUAUGAGAGAGUUCGUAUGUCUGAGCGACCAGGACACGCAUCGGAGGAAAAAGUGGAAGUUACGUUCUGGAUUUUAAUAUGACUGGUGUUUGUACAUAGACCGGGUUAGGGGUGAACUUUUAUUUAUUUAUCUAUCAUUCAGCCAUUUCAAGUGGAAAAUAUUAUCACGUCCCCUCACUCUGUUCUUCAGCUGUGGACCGGAUGAUGAUUCCAUUAUAGAAUCCCACUAAUUUACCUGGAAAAGAAAAAAAUAAUGCAAUGAUGUAUAUUUUUUAUUUGCUUUUAAAAGUGAUGUGUGCAGUGAUUCGUUUGUUACUUCAGCUAAAAGGAUGAGAGAUCGACCUCAUCUAUCGCUUCCUGUCCUAGAUUUGUAGGAAUUUAUAGAGGCUUUCUGACUCGACGACAUCUCGGAAUCUGUUACCAUCAUUAUCGCCAGUCUCCACGUAAUCCAAACCUUCCGUGAACCAACAUGACCUGUGAAACACAUCACAGUAAUGUACAUAGGUUUAAAAGCAUAGUAUAAUAUAUAAUAAGGAAAUAUUGAAGAGAUAAACUAUGUGGAAAAAAAUCGCAUUGCUUUUAUUUUUAAAAUUAUUUUAAUAUACUCGCGCCAAGACCAUUUAAAAUCUUCAGUUGCGUCAGUUCUUUCUUUUGAGAUAAUACUGCCUUGUGUAUUUUUAUUUCUUGUCAUUUUUGUUUUUUUUAAAUAACAGGAAUUUUAAGAUUUUUGUGAGACACAGGCCAAGCUGUUUUACUACAGGUGUGCUUUAACUAUAAAAUCUGCAUUACGUCUGGCCUCAGUUUUGCUUUAUCAAAUGACAGUGCAUACAUUGACCGAAACUGUACGAAUAUCAGCAAGGUUGCAUACAAAUAUCAUAUUUCUAUCAUAAGUCCAAAUUGUUGAACAGGUCCAACGUGUUAUCUGAGAUUUACAGACAAAAGACAUUACGCUUUGUUCCUGGAUGGUUUCAUCUAAUGUUACAGUAUGGGAAAAACUCAACACAUUUUGCUUCACCCACAUAGUUUGGCUCUUUCUGUUUUGGAAAAACCUACUUUUAGAACAUCUUUUAAUGGAUAAUUCAGUAAUUUUAUCCCAUUAAGUGUUAAAACAUUUACCAUUAAAAUCUAUUACAAGAAUACUGUAAUACCAGGAUGUAUUUGUCAAAUUGCAUUUGUUCUGGUUUCAAGGGCAUUUUUUUUUCAUCCGAGGCAAAAGAAGUGUUUAAAACUUCUCAGAAGUCACACGUCUAAUAAGCGACACAGGCUUUUCUUUGUCCCUUAUUCAGUUUGCAGAUGAUUUAAUCAUGAGUUGCACAAGAAAGCGAGUCUCCUGCCUUAUACAGGCUUCUGUUCGGUCCUCACAACUUGAUUUCCACACUAGAUUCUGUUGCUUCCAUAAAGUGGGAACUUGAUUAAUUUGUUAAAAGGUUUACAAGAAAUUUGCUCUUAAUUUUGUAGCAUCAUUCCAUCGAUAUUAAAGGGAUAGUUUUCCCAAAAAUGAAAAUUCUGGCAUUUAUUCUUUAUAAAACAAUAAAACCUUCGUUCAUCCAACAAAAAAAUUCAAAUAUUUUUGAUGAAAUCUUACUGCACGCGACGCGACAAGAUUCCAGCGACAAGCAACAUGGAAAAUAUAACUUUUAUCAAGUGUCGUGGCGUCGUUACAGCAUGGUGUGACCCUCCAUAAACAGCAAGGGUCCUACCAUGUUUAAGGCCCAGAAAGAUACCAAGAACAUCGCCAAAAUAGUCCAUGUGGCAUAAGUGGUUUAACCGUAUUUUUAUAGAAGUACGAGAAUAUCAAUGUUCUUGGUAGUUUUCUGGGCCUUAAGCGUCUAUGCUGUAUAUGGAGGGCCAGAAAGCUCUUGAAUUUCAUUAUAAAUAUCUUAAUUUGUGUUCUGAAGAUGCACGAACAUCAUACAGGUUUGAAACUACAUGAGGGUGAGUGAUUAAUAACAGAAUUUUCAUUUUUGGGUGAACUAUCCCUUCAAGUACAGGCAACAGAAAUUAAGACAGAAACCUACUACAAACCGCCAGUAAAAUGAAAAUAUCUGCAUUUCAGAAAGUUCUUAGACAUAUGCUCAUUCUCAUCUCAGUUCUUUUUGUCAGGAUAUGCUUUGUAAUCAUUUGUACAGUUUUGCAUGUCAUAAAUGAUAAUUCCAUACGUUUCAUGGUUGUAUUAUGUUUCUCACUCACUUGACAAAGGUGGAUAUCACUUCAAGCAAUGGGGAGUCGUUUUGCACAGAUGUAUUUAAGGUGGAAGGUCAAUCAAAGACUGGAUAAACUGGCCACUAUGCAUAUAUGGAGACGAUACUAUAUUAACCUGACGCUGAUGUAAUUCAAUAAACGGAGGGAAAUGACACACACGGAUAUGAA